AUGAUGACCAUUAGAGACAAGUACCACAUGAAAAAGAACUGGAUGGGCGAUCCUUGCGCGCCCACGAAUUACGCGUGGAAGGGAUUGCAUUGUAGCUAUGCUGUUUCUACCCCACCAACUAUCACAGGCUUGAAUUUAUCUUCCAGUGGUCUAAGUGGCAACAUUUCAUCUUCUUUUGCAAGCCUCAAACGUUUACAGUACUUAGAUUUGUCACACAACAAUCUGACGGGCUCCAUUCCCGACGCCCUUUCACAAUUGUCAUUGCUCACACUUCUAGAUUUAACAGGAAAUCAGCUCGGUGGGUCAAUUCCUUCCGGACUUCUCAGAAGAACCCAAGAUGAGUCCCUAACACUUAGAUAUGGUAAUAAUACAAAUCUCUGUAGUAACGGCAACUCAUGUCAGCUUGCAAAGAAGAAGAGCAACUCUAUGGUUGCUAUCUAUGUUGCGGUUCCUAUAUUUUUGGUACUGAUGGUUGUGCUUCUGUUUGUACUAAUUUGCAUGCGAAGGAGAAAGCAAGGAAUAACAACUAAUAGUGUAAGGCCGCAAAAUGAGGAAAUUAACAACAAUGGACACACCUCACUAAGACUUGAGAAUCGCCGAUUCACGUAUAGUGAAUUAGAGGAUAUCACGAAUGGCUUCCAACGAGUGAUUGGCCGAGGAGGGUUUGGGAAAGUCUAUGAUGGUUUCUUGGAGGAUGGCACCCAAGUGGCUGUCAAACUGUUGUCUGAAUCUUCCAACAAAGGUUUACAAGAAUUCUUGGCAGAGGCUCAGACCUUGGCUAAGAUUCACCACAAGAAUCUAGUGUCCUUGUUUGGCUAUUGCAAGGAGAGGGAUAACAUGGCUCUUGUCUACGAGUACAUGUCUGAAGGAGCCCUAGACAAGCAUCUUAGAGGGAGAGACAACAACACAAGAACUUUAACCUGGAGACAGAGACUUCUUAUUGCCACGGAAUCCGCCCAAGGGCUUGAGUAUUUGCACAAGGGGUGCAAUCCGCCCCUCAUUCAUAGGGACGUGAAGACGUCCAACAUUCUGUUGAAUACAAGGUUGGAGGCCAAGAUCGCCGAUUUUGGCCUGCUUAAGGCUUUCAAUAACGAUGGUGAUACACAUGUGUCCACAACGAGGGUGGUUGGAACACAUGGUUACCUUGACCCUGAGUACCACGCUACGCUUCAGCUGACCAACAAGAGUGACGUGUUCAGCUUCGGCGUUGUGCUACUUGAGAUAGUCACAGGGCAACCACCUAUCUUGAAUGAUCCAGAGCCGACGAGCAUCAUCCAGUGGACACGUCAGCGCCUUGCCCGUGGCAAUAUUGAGGGUGUGGUGGACACAUGCAUGCAUGGCGACCAUGAUGUAAAUGGCGUAUGGAAAGUCGCUGACACCGCACUCAAGUGCACUGCCCAGGCAGCGGAGCAGCGACCCUCGAUGACUGAGGUGGUGGCAUUGUUGCAUGAGUGCCUUGAGCUUGAGGCUGCAUGUAACCGCAUGAAUGCAGGGUUCAACACGACUGGGAGCAGCGGUAAUGUGGAUGGCUAUGAUAGGUGUGCCACUGACAUGUCUAGUGAUGUGAGCCAAAGCAGCUCUGCAUUUCAGAUGGAGAAUUUGGGCAGAGUACCAACAAUGUCUACAGGUCCAGCUGUGAGGUGA